GAUUAUGGGAGUGUAAAACGAGUGUGUUCCCCUGACUCAAAAUAAAAAAACCCAACAAACAAAGCAAACGCUUGUGUCUGAGAGAAUCUGUGCACAGAAAAGGCAACCCUCACUCACAUAAUUUCCAUGGAGAUCCCAGAGAAGGUGGUCAAGUUCAGAUACCAUUUUCUCGGGGCAAUGCUCUUCUCUCUCGUGAUCAUGGCCCCAAGAUUCAUGACCCUCUUGACCUAUUUUUGGCCACUCUUCCUCUCCACAGCUCUAGUCCUUGCCCUUGUCUUCUUCUUCGCCAAGACUUCUCCUUUACACUCUGCCGACGCUACUUCCUCCCUCCACAACGCCGGGGAAGCCCUCCUUGAUUACGUCGCCGGCCACCAUGACCUGCCCCUGGAUACUCGCCACAAUUCCGACUAAUAAGGUAGACACAGUGCUCCUUAAUUAUGUACUCUGCUACUGUGCCAGUGUCAAUGCCAAUGUUCCAACUUACAAUGUAAUGUCGUAAUCCUUUCAUUUAACUCUACGGGGCUGUAAUGUACGUAACACUGAUUAAUUUACUUCUUCUCAUGCUAAGUUAAGUCAUGUCAAAUUUUAACA